ACAGCAACUCUCACCUAUGACACACUCCGUUUUUCUGAUGCACCUGACUUUCCAGAAACUGAAGAGCCAGUAUGGAUACUAGGGAAGAACUACAGUGCAUUGACAGAAAAAGAGGAGCUUCUGGAUGAUGUUACAUCGAGAUUGUGGUUUACAUACCGGCGGAACUUUCCACCAAUAGGAGGAACUGGACCAAGCUCUGACACUGGCUGGGGCUGUAUGUUACGCUGUGGACAGAUGAUAUUUGCUCAGGCUGUGAUGUGUAGGCACGUAGGAAGAGAUUGGAGAUGGAACAAACAGAAACCACAGGGGGAAUACCUCAGUAUCCUGACUGCUUUUCUAGACAAGAAAGAUAGUUACUAUUCUAUUCAUCAGAUUGCUCAAAUGGGAGUGGGCGAAGGGAAGUACAUUGGACAGUGGUACGGUCCAAACACUGUGGCACAAGUGUUAAGAAAGCUUACUGCUUUUGAUCAGUGGAGCUCAAUAGCUGUUCACAUCGCCAUGGAUAAUACAGUUGUCACUGAGGAAAUAAGGCGGUUGUGCAGAACAGGAAGCUGUGAGGCUGGAUUGCUGUGUAAUGGUCACGCUGGGGCCUCUGAAUCAGAUAUACCAUGGAAGCCUCUUGUAUUACUCAUACCUCUCAGACUGGGUCUAAGUGAGAUCAAUGAAGCCUAUAUUGAAACCCUGAAGCACUGCUUCAUGCUACCCCAGUCAUUAGGUGUUAUUGGUGGUCGACCCAAUAGUGCUUAUUACUUCAUAGGAUAUGUGGGGGAUGAACUGAUUUACUUGGAUCCUCACACUACACAGCUCUCUGUGGAGCCCAGUGACAGUGGGGAUAUAAUAGAUGAUAGCUUCCAUUGUCAGCAUCCACCAUGUCGAAUGCAUGUGUCUGAGAUUGACCCCUCCAUUGCAGUGGGAUUCUUCUGCAAUUCGGAGGAAGAUUUUGAAGAUUGGUGUCAACACAUCAGAAAGUUAUACCUUACUACUGGAGCCUUACCUAUGUUUGAGGUGGUGGAUCAGUUGCCUCUUCAUUUAUCCAAUCCAGAUGUACUUAAUCUUACACCAGAUUCCUCAGAUGCGGAUCGCCUUGACAGGUUCUUUGAUUCUGAAGAUGAAGAAUUUGAAAUUUUAUCCUUUUGA